CUGCAAAGUUCAGCUUACAUCCUGUUACGCGCUCAUGGAAAACCCAGACGACAACGCCGACUUGUUGAAAUACGUUGCGCGAUCGAUUGAAGAGGAAGAGGAAUUUCACUUCUUACGAUUUGAGAAGCUCCAGCGGAUCAAUAUCGUCACACAGCAGGUAGAGCUAUUUCAGCUCAAACUGAAGUUUGAGAAUGCACAAAACGCCUCAGCCGAUGACCUCAAAGAUCUCAAGAAUACCCUGAGAGAUUAUGUCACCGCGAUUCGAGACUACCAGUUCCUCCGAAGCCGAAAGAGUGUGCCAACGGAAGAUAAGGAUAAGAGGAGAGUUUUGCUGCAAGCAUGGUUCCAGCAUAGAUUUGGGAGUGGCGACGUGUUCUGGUCUCACUACGCCUAUUUCGACGAAGGGUCUCCGAGAAUCGACCCUUUCCGCAGUUUUUUGAUGAGAAGACUGCCUGUCUACAUCACGUACUCGGAAGAAGAGCGAACGGCUCGCCGCAUGGAAUAUGAAGGGGGCAAGGAACCACCCAAAGAUGUGUCACCAUUCGUCGAUCACCUUGCCCGCUUCGUAAUAGCAAUCACGGGUGGACUAUUUCUCAUCGUCCCGAUGCUAGUCAUGGCCAUUGACACAUCGCAAAAGAAAAGCCUCAUUACGGUGUCAGUGUCGGUCUUGUUGUUCGCGCUUGCACUAUCGUUCGGAGUCAGAACUUCCAACGUCGAGGCGCUUGUCUCAACAGCGACGUAUGCUGCAGUUCUGGUGGUAUUUGUGGGGACCAAUUCUGGCGAUGGAGGCACCGUGGCAGCUGCAAGUAACUCUACUAUGGCGUCGUAGCGAGUGGAAGUGAACGGAGGCCGGAUAGUACAAGAACAGACACUCAGUUCUACUACACUAUCUUAUGACAGCUUGACGAACAAUCUUUGAUCCG